UUAAUAGUUAGUUUGAUAAUGAAUAAAAUAAUAAUAAUUAGAAAAAAAAUUGGAAUGAAAGUAUCAACAAUUUUAAAUAAAAAUAUCAACUAAUGUUAAAAAGUUUAUUUUCGAUAAUUUGGAAAAUGUUUAGCAGGGCUAGUGGGGCUACACUGGACUAGUGUCAAGGGACCAACCACUUACUUCAGUUCUACACACUGAACAGUGGAGUUUUUUCUCAGAAAAAAUUUCCGUCGACCCAAACGAAAUCUGAAAUGGAAAAUCGGCGUCAAGAUUGAUGAACGGGGAUGAGAAGGAAAAGGACAUGACAGUAAAUUCCACAACUCUCUCAAUGCUCAGGUACAAUUCAAUCUCCGUUGCUUCUCGUCUCCUCUCUCUCCUCCAUCACCACCAUUCAAUCCACGCAUCACCAACCCUUCGUUGGAGGCAGCGAGAUGAGUACAAGCUGACCCGACCCGAGUUACUCGAUCGGAUCUGUCGCCUUCUCGUCCUGCAACGAUACAGUGCAAUCACCAAUCUCUCCUUCGAUUUCUCCCACGAUCUCCUCGACGCCGUUCUUAGGAAACUGAGGUUGAACCCAAACGCAUGUCUAGUUUUCUUCAAAUUGGCUUCCAAACAGCUAAACUUUAGACCCCACAUCAAAUCAUAUUGUAAAAUUGUUCAUAUAUUGUCAAGAGGUCGGUUGUACGAUGAGACGAGGUCGUAUUUGAACGAAUUGGUGGGACUCUGUAAGACUCAGAGCUCAUUUCUCAUAAUUUGGGAUGAAUUAGUUAGGGUUUAUAGAGAAUUCUCGUUUUCACCAACCGUUUUUGAUAUGAUCUUGAAAGUGUGUGCAGAGAAAGGUUUGACAAAGAAUGCACUCCAUGUGUUUGAUAAUAUGGGGAAGUGCGGUCGUAUACCGAGCUUGCUGUCCUGUAAUAGUUUGUUGAGUAAUUUGGUUAGAAAGGGUGAAUACCAUACAGUUUUUUGUGUUUAUGACCAGAUGAUCAGGAUUGGGAUUGUUCCAGAUGUAUACACUUGUACUAUAAUGGUGAAUGCAUAUUGUAAGGCUGGUAAAGUGGAUAAAGCUCUGGAAUUUUUGAAAGAAAUGGAGGAUUUGGGUUUGGUAGCAAAUAUAGUGACUUAUAAUAGUUUGAUUAAUGGGUGUGUUGGGAUGGGAGAUGUGAAAGGAGCUUCGGAAGUGUUGAGGUUGAUGGAGGGAAAAGUAGUUUCGCGGAAUGUGAUUACAUAUACUUCGCUAAUUAAGGGUUACUGCAGGCAGUACAAGAUGGAUGAAGCGGAAAAGCUGCUUCAAACCAUGAAGGAGGAACCGUCAUUUGUUGUGGAUGAGCAUGUUUAUGGAGCUGUAAUAGAUGGGUAUUGUCGAGCUGGCAGAAUGAACGAUGCACUUAGGAUGCGGGACGAGAUGUUGGGAUUAGGUUUGAAAUUGAAUUUGGUUAUAUGCAAUUCUAUGAUAAAUGGGUUUUGUAAAAUUGGUCAAGUCGGUAAAGCAGAGGAGGUGAUGAUGUGUAUGGUCAACUGGAGACUAAAACCAGAUUCUUAUAGCUACAAUACUCUAGUUAAUGGGUAUUGUAGAGAAGGUUGUAUGACUGAGGCUUUCAAACUUUGUGACAAGAUGCUCCUUGAAGGUAUUGAACCCACUGUUGUGACUUAUAACACUCUUCUCAAAGGUUUGUGCCAUGCUGGUGCCUUUGAUGAGGCCCUGCACCUUUGGCGCUUGAUGCUAAAAAGAGAUGUGUAUCCUGAUGAGAUUGGGUAUGGUAUUUUGCUUGAUGGGUAUUUCAAGAUGGGGGAUACCGGAGGGGCUUUAACGUUGUGGAAACAUGUUCUAGCAAGGGGCUUCACAAAAAGUAGGAUCACUUUCAAUACAAUGAUUAAUGGUCUAUGCAAGAUGGGGAAAAUGGUUGAAGCUGAGGAUAUUGUUGACAAGAUGAAGGAGCUAGGAUGUUUGCCUGAUGGAAUAACAUAUAGAACCCUGAGUGAUGGUUACUGUAAGGCUGGCAAUGUUGAACGAGCUUUAAAAGUUAAGGAUGUUAUGGAAAGUGAAGCAAUUUCUCCUUCCAUUGAAAUAUAUAACUCACUUAUUGGUGGACUUUUCAAAGCAAGGAAACUAAAGAAAGUGGCUGAUCUACUUGCUGAGAUGCAGGUCAGGGGCUUAAGCCCGAAUAUUGUCACUUAUGGAGCCCUCAUUGCUGGUUGGUGCAAAGAAGGGAUGCUGGAUAAAGCUUUUGGUGCAUAUUUUGAGAUGAUUGAGAAGGGUUUAGUUCCCAAUAUUAUUAUAUGUAGCACAAUUGUCAGUGGCCUAUACAGGCUUGGUAGGAUUGAUGAAGCAAAUAUGCUGUUGCAGAACAUAAUGAAUUUUGAUCUUGUUCCAGACAAUAAAUGUUCUGAAAAGUCCCUUGAGUCUGGCACGAGACUGUUAGAGGUUCAGAAAAUUGCAGAUUCCCUUGAUGAAAGUGCUAAAAGUUCUCUUUUGCCCAAUGACAUUGUGUACAAUGUGGCUAUUUCAGGGCUUUGCAAAUCUGGGAAGGUGGAUGAUGCAAGAAAAGUUAUCUCAGUUUUGUUACAGAGAAAUUUUAUUCCUGACAAUUUUACAUACUGUACCCUAAUCCAUGGUUUUUCAGCUGCUGGUAAUGUGAACGAUGCUUUUAACUUACGGGAUGAGAUGCUGGAAAAGGGUCUUGUUCCAAACAUCACCACGUACAAUGCCCUUAUCAAUGGCUUGUGUAAAUCAGGAAAUGUUGAUAGAGCACUGAGGCUUUUUAAGAAACUAAACUUGAAAGGUUUAUCUCCUAAUGUCAUUACCUAUAAUACUUUAAUAGAUACACAUUGUAAGACUGGUAAUACUGGUGAAGCCCUUAAACUGAAAGACAAAAUGAUAGAAGAAGGGAUUGCUCCUUCCGUUGUGACCUACUCAUGUUUAAUUAAUAGUCUUUAUAAGCAAGGUGAUACUGAAGAAUCUGUGAAGCUUUUGGAUCAAAUGAUGGAAGAGAUGUUGGCUUUAACCUCGUGAUAGAUGGCACAUUGGUUUGAGGUUCCUUUAAAUGUGGAGAUACACAGAAGAUCUCCAAGCUUUUUGAUGUCAUGCACACCAGGGCUAUCAUAUCUGGUGCUAUUUCUCAAAGAGAGAUUUUAACAGGGUCCAUGGACUAUAAAGGAAUUCCUGGUGUGUAUAACAUGUCUGAAGCUGAAUGUUGAUACACGUUCUGUGAUUCAAGAGAUCCUUGAGAGGACUGUUUUGUUGAUGGAAUGAUUUGGAGUAUGGCCAUAGCUUCUGUUCUUGAGUGUGCAUAUGCACAAAGUUGGGGUUCAACUUCUGCAUUAAGGCCAGGACAUGGAUGCUUGGUAUCAUCUCAUAGCAUAUGAUAAGUCUUGCAUGGUCUUUCUCGCAUUACAAAUUGGAAGUUACAUUAUACUUCCAAAAGUUCACCAUUUAAAACCUUCAGUUGAACCCAUUGCAGAAAGUAGAUCUAGAAGGCCAAUGACUUGAACAGCCAUAAAUUUGGAAACAUGAACAACUGUUGAAGUAGGAAUAACACGUGCCAUAUGCUUUUAAAUGAGGCUGCAAAAAAAAGGGACCCCAAGGAAUUGCCGGAGCUGGAAUCAAUUAGAAGGUCUGCUUAUUGUUUGAAAACUUGUCCAGUUAGAUGCUUAUUCAUGUAGCAUUUCUUUCCAGCAUGAGAUACAUUGGUUAACUGAAGCAUGCCAUCAAUUUGAUUCUCUGCAGCUUUAGUUUAAAUUCUGGUCAAUUAGGAAGUGCAGGUAUUUGCAGAACUUAAGGCCAUGCUGCACACAUAUGAACUUCAAAAUUCUUUUACUUGAAAAGAAUUGCAUUUCCUUUCUGGGAUCUUGUAAAUUAAAAAAAUUUGGUUUUCAUUCAACAAAGCGGAUGGAGACUUGAGCAAAAGUUGUCAGAUGCAUUGAGAAUUAUUGUUAACUGCAGUGUGUUAUUGGGAAAGAUAAAUAUGUAAAAAAAAAAAUUAUAAAAUUUUUAAUUUUAUUUUACAAAAUUUGAUUGUUGAUUUGCAAUCCAA